AUGUCAGAACGUGGAAUUAAGUGGGCUUGUGAGUAUUGUACGUACGAAAAUUGGCCAUCUGCAAUCAAGUGUACCAUGUGUCGUGCCCAGAGACCAAGUGGAACAAUUAUUACUGAAGAUCCAUUUAAAAGCGGUUCGAGUGAUGUUGGUAGAGACUGGGAUCCUUCUGUUACUGAAGGAGGAAGUAGCCCUUUGAUAUGUCCAGAUUCCAGUGCAAGACCAAGAGUUAAGUCUUCAUACACUGUGGAAAAUGCUAACAAAUGGUCAUGCCAUAUGUGCACGUAUUUGAACUGGCCAAGAGCAAUCAGAUGUACCCAAUGCUUGUCCCAGCGAAGGACCAGGAGUCCCACAGAAUCUCCUCAGUCCUCAGGAUCAGGUUCAAGGCCAGCCCCCUUUUCAGUUGAUCCUUGUGAGGAGUACAAUGAUAGAAAUAAACUGAACACAAGGACCCAGCAUUGGACUUGUUCUGUUUGCACAUAUGAAAACUGGGCCAAGGCUAGGAAAUGUGUUGUUUGUGAUCAUCCCAGACCUAACAACAUUGAAGCUAUAGAACUGGCAGAGACAGAAGAGGCUUCUUCCUUAAUCAAUGAACAAGACCGAACUCGGUGGAGAGGAAGCUGCAGUGGGGGAAACAGCCAGAGAAGAUCUCCUCCUACACCUCAGCGGGACUCUGAGAUGAACAUGGAUUUUCAGAGAAUUGAAUUAGCUGGUGCUGUUGGCAGCAAAGAGGAGCUUGAAGUAGACUUCAAAAAGCUAAAGCAAAUUAAAAACCGAAUGAAAAAGACUGAUUGGCUGUUCCUCAAUGCUUGCGUGGGAGUCGUAGAGGGUGAUUUAGCUGCUAUAGAAGCUUAUAAGUCCUCCGGUGGAGAUAUUGCUCGACAACUUACUGCCGAUGAAGUCCGCUUACUGAAUCGCCCAUCUGCCUUUGAUGUGGGGUACACUCUGGUACAUCUGGCAAUACGUUUUCAGAGGCAGGAUAUGCUAGCAAUAUUGCUGACAGAGGUAUCUCAGCAUGCAGCAAAGUGCAUUCCAGCGAUGGUGUGUCCUGAGCUCACAGAGCAAAUCCGGCGUGAGAUUGCUGCCUCUCUCCAUCAACGAAAGGGGGACUUUGCUUGCUAUUUUCUAACAGAUCUUGUUACAUUCACAUUACCUGCAGAUAUUGAAGACUUGCCUCCUUCAGUACAAGAAAAAUUAUUUGAUGAAGUUCUUGAUAGGGAUGUUCAGAAAGAGUUAGAAGAAGAAUCUCCGAUUAUAAACUGGUCCUUGGAAUUGGCUACUCGCUUGGACAGUAGACUGUAUGCACUUUGGAAUCGGACUGCAGGGGACUGCUUGUUGGACUCAGUGCUGCAAGCGACAUGGGGCAUCUAUGACAAGGACUCAGUGCUGCGCAAAGCCCUCCAUGACAGCCUCCACGACUGCUCGCACUGGUUUUAUACACGUUGGAAAGAGUGGGAGUCGUGGUAUUCUCAGAGCUUUGGUUUACAUUUUUCCCUCAGAGAAGAACAGUGGCAGGAAGAUUGGGCAUUUAUCCUCUCUCUUGCUAGUCAGCCUGGAGCAAGUUUGGAGCAGACACACAUUUUUGUACUUGCACAUAUUCUUAGACGACCAAUUAUAGUUUAUGGAGUAAAAUAUUAUAAGAGUUUCCGAGGAGAAACUUUAGGAUAUACCCGUUUUCAAGGUGUGUAUUUGCCUCUGCUCUGGGAACAGAGUUUCUGUUGGAAAAGUCCCAUUGCUCUGGGCUACACGCGGGGCCAUUUCUCGGCCCUGGUUGCCAUGGAGAACGAUGGCUAUGGCAAUCGAGGUGCUGGUGCUAACUUGAACACAGAUGACGAUGUGACCAUCACUUUUUUACCUUUGGUAGAUAGCGAAAGGAAGCUAUUGCACAUCCAUUUUCUCUCUGCUCAAGAGCUCGGCAAUGAAGAGCAGCAAGAAAAGUUGCUUCGUGAAUGGCUGGACUGCUGUGUCACGGAGGGUGGGGUGCUCGUGGCCAUGCAGAAGAGCUCCCGCCGGCGCAAUCACCCCCUGGUCACCCAGAUGGUGGAGAAGUGGCUUGACCGCUACAGACAGAUCCGCCCUUGCACGUCCCUGUCAGAUGGAGAGGAAGACGAAGAUGAGGAAGACGAGUGAGGUGGUGGGGAGGGAGCUGUUGGUGCCACGGGGUCGGUGAAUGCCCCAAGGUUGGGGUCGCGCUGCAAGCAGUCGGUCACUACAGGACGAACGAGCGGCUGGCAGACACCUGCUGUCCCAGGGAUUUUCUGAUCCAUACACCAGGGAGAGAACACAAGUGCUCAUCUGCUGUGCGAACAGAGAACUCUGGUUGGACUACAGUUUGUAAAAAGCUAAUUUUAUUAUCAAGACAGAACAUUUUGUUUUUUUCCUUUCAAAUUGUAAAUCUGUCUAUAAAUGUACCGCAUGUGGUUGUGUAAGAAGUUGUGUAAUAGGAAAAGUUGUACCAGCAUCUUCAAAUGAUUGAGAAAUUUUUAUUCAGUGAGGGCACUUAACAAAGCACAUAUUGGAUGGCUAUUUGGUCUUUUUGAAAUUUCCUUUUAAGGUAGAAUUGAUGGUCUACAUCACUUUUUAAAUAUUCUGACACAUUAAAAGACCAUUUUGUGUUGUUCUGCUGGUGCCACAGUCAGAUAAUAGGAGGAUUUUUUUGUUCACACAGAUUACCCACGGCAAAAGUUUAUCGGAUUUUUUUUUUUUUUAAGUUCCUCCGGUGCCCAGUAUAAUAAACAUAAAAUCUUAACAAACUGUGGAAGAAAAGCCAAAUUCCUCAUGGACUGAACUUGAUAGAAUAUUCUUCCCUUAUUUUGAAGCCUCUAGCUUUCCAUUAAUUCAUUGUUUUCAUUUUUCUGAAGGAUUUUUUUUUUCCCUUUCUGUCUACAGUACUUAUUUAUUUUUUUGGAAUAGUGACCUAAAAUUAGGGUUCUUAUUCCAAAUAUCUGGCAAAGUCCAGUCAUUGAAUUGACUCAUCCCUGGACAUUAGACAAGCACUUGGGAUGUAGCCAAGGCAGUGAUGGGCUGUGGGCCAUUGUGUACCCAAUGAAUUGUGUGAAGUUUGCUAACUCAGACUUGAUUGAGAAUUUCCUGCCUCUUAGGUUGUCACUGUAAAUGCACAGCAGAGCAUUUUUUAAGCUGGCGUGAUUCUUACUGUCUUACCCUUUGGGGCUCUAAGGUAAAUCCUGUUAGAAAUGGGGGCCUGCCUUUGUCUGGGCAGGUGGGGACACUGUUGACAGUUCAGAAUAAAGAUUUUACAAAGAGUCAGAUGGUUGAAAUGCACUGUAUGAUGAAUUUCUCAGUAGAGACCUCUGGGAUGUUCUUGCAUGUUGAUUGAUGUGCCAUUCCUUUUUAACUUUUCUUUUAAGUAUAAGUUCGAAGCAUAUUCUUUAGUAGAAAACCCUUGUAAAUGACUGACACUUUUUAGCUGUAUAAUUGGUAACGGGGUCAAGUUUUAUUCCCAGACAGCUGCAAAGGUUAGUGUUAUGAGCAUUUUGAAAAUUGGGUGGUAGAGUGGGUGAUUAUAGAAGAUCUUUGUUUUGAGAUUUGAAUUGGGAAAGAAGUCUCCUAGUAAAGUCCUCCUCCUUCCCUGAAUUCCAUAGCUGAAGGCUGUGAAAACCCUCAAGAAUUUGUUAUUUAGAAGGUGUUGAAAUGGGCACAGCUUCUAGGUCCUAUCGACAAAACCCCCAAGUUGCAAAACUUACUCCUGUCGUGCUGGGGGUCGUGUUUGCAGCCCCCAACCCCAUCCUUUUCAGAAGUCACUACGGUUUUUCCCAACUGAAACGUCGUGUUCGUUCACGUGUCUGAGAAGUCUCUUUUGGUGCUUGCUAAAAUCCCAGGCAGAGUGACGUAGGUUUCUGUGUGGGACUUGUGUGGCUUAUCCAAAGUUAGAAAGACACGGGCACGGGACAGAUUCUACUCAGUGUCCGCUCUUUCCCUCUGAAAUGGAAAGGAUUGGUUUUCUUACAAAACAGUCUUAAUAUGUAACAUUACCAAUGGAUUAUGCUUUCUCUUCUACAGUAAGCUAUUAGAAUUGGUGAUCAAAGAAAGCAUUUUCUUUAUUCUAAGGACCUCAUUAGACCUUUUUUCCUCAGUAGGAUCAGUGUUCCUUAUCUAGGAAAUAGAUACCGAAUGUGACACUUAAAUGGUGUUAUCCUUCUGGAGGCAGACAUCCUUCCCGACACUCUCUUUGUUGGAAGCAGAGACUACCCUCCAAAUUGGAGAUGCCAGAAAUAAAAAAUUUUGAGAAAAACCACUGUGUUAUCACUGUAGUUAUACACUCCGACCUACCAAGGAGAAGUUAGGUAUAACUCAUCUAUCCUCUCAUCAGUAAGGCUUGGCAGAUUGGCUCUGCGGGCUUUUCUGCUCGAGUCCAGCCGUUUACUAUUUUAUUACAGAUUAAUGACCCUAAAAAUAUAGCUAGCAUUGCUAGUACAUGUUAAGAGAUUUCCCUAUGGGAAUAAUUGCUGGCUCUACUGUUCCAUGCUUCUAGCUUGUUAUGGGGCUUUUAGAUGGUUCCACAGUAGGUUGGCUUAUUCUGAGCAAAAUGUUUAUUUUGAAACAAUGAAAUCUUCAGUAAAUGAAAAUGAACCCUGUGGGCAAAUGACAUUUAUGCUAAAUAGCUUCUUUCUGACAACCACAAUUUCCAGGAUGAGCUUUUUAACUUUGUAAGAUGUGCGCUCUCUUUGUCACAUCCUCAGGGGCCACUGUACAGAACUACUCCCGGUCGGUUCAUCUCCCCACUCCCCCCCAUCCCAGCCCCACCCAUCCUCGAGCUUUAAGACUUAGGGUCUUUGGCCACUGAAGUUGGACCUGGCCUUGGAGAGGUGGUGUAGGGGCUUGGGAGAUGCAGUCAAUCAGUCAGCACUGCCAGGGAAGUUACCAAAUCUAUGGCAAAGGGGGUGCCCGUACUGCUUAUUUGAGACCGACCAAGAGGAGAUUAUUCAUGACAACCCAAUCAGGUCGUUCCCCUGUACCACCAAGUAGGAGGGGCCUCAGUUCAGCUGGUAGUCGGUAUUUCCUAUUCUUUUAGGGGCUUCAUUCAGUGUUACUUUUCAGGAAAUGAUCUGUGCUUGUCCCAGUGUUACAGAUUUCCUUUGGAAAUUAACUGCCACAGUAGCAUAUAUUGUCAAGGACUUUGAAAUUGUGUCUUUGUAUUUGUAUUAUGGAUGUUACAUUACAACCCCAGCUUUAAAGUGAGUUUAGACCACCAGGAUGACUUUUCCUUGAUUUUAACUUUACAUGUUGCAAAAUGUUUCUUUUGGGGGAGAAGCACAUUUUCAAAAAAAAAAAAAAAAAAAAAAAG